AUGAUAUCAUCGGAUGAUGUUUAUUUUUCACUAGUUACAAUCGAUAAUGAUCUACCAUCACCAGCACCAUGCCUUACUAAUUCGGCUGCUCUACCAAAUUUUCUGGAUAAUUUUUUAAUGGAAUGUAAUCUAUUAGAUCCUGAUAAUAUCGAUAUAGAAAUUGAUGAUUUAUUCGACGGACGAAUCGAAGGUUUCGAUCAAGCACAAUCAAUAAUUUUCGAUGGAGAAUUACCUAAUUUGCUUGAACAGCCUAUAUUCUCGUCGGACGAGCAUUCAACUGCUAGUAUAAGUGAAGUUGUGGAGACAAUUCAAAACGAUUCCACAGUGAUCGAAACAUCAGAUUUACAUGCUCAUUCGAAUUUUAUCAGUAGUACUCAGUUAUAUCAAACGGGUCAAUCAUUAAAAUUAUUUAUAUCACCAUAUCCAUUCCAACGUGCUCGAUAUCAAUCAGACCUUGAGCGAGCUCUUCAUUAUAUAUCUACACCCGGCAAUAAUUGCAUUGAAUUUGAGAUGCUCAAUCUUCGACGUCAUAUGCCAGCGAACACAUCUGCUAUCAUGCGUAUAACUCGCACCACAAUUCCAUAUGGUCCUGAUCGAAUUGUAUGUUGUCAUCCAUAUCCUUUAUGGAUAAAAGAUGAACAUGCAAAAGUUCAUCAUAGUUCUUUACUUACUGAUAUAACUGAUCAAAUAAUGAAUAAUCAAUCAAUUAAAUGCAAAAAUAUAAUCAUGCAACGAUUAAAACAAGAGUCAUUAAAGAAAAUUACAGGAUGGCCAAUCUAUUCAUCCAAUCAACUCGAUUGUAAUGGUUUCUAUUCACCUGAUACAAAUAAACCGAAAACUAUUAUUGAGAACUAUGAUCUUCGUUAUUCUGUCUUGCAUUUUCAAAUAUUUUUCGUCGAUGAAAAUCAAAUUCCCUAUCCAACUGAUUUAUCAUGUGAAACAACACCUAUUUUUGAAUAUGAAAACGAAGAGCGUGAGAAUCUUUCAGCGAUUUGUGGUUCUGAGGGAAAACGUCAAACUAAACGUCGACAACAACAGAAAUCGAAUACGGUAUUUUAA